AUGCAAGAAUUAACAAAAAGAUAUAACAUAUUUGCUGUUUUUGAUGAAAACAAGUCAGGAGCAUUAGACACAAAAUUCCAGUGGUGUGUUGAAUGUAGAAAGAAGGAAUGUUAUGGUAAAAAUUGUCCAAUGAAGAACAAUUAUAUCAGGAAGUUAUUUGGGAAAAGUGAAAACAGGAAAGGGAAGGUUGUGCUAGAGUUCAUGAUAAUAAAGGAGGACCAUCUGAGAACCAAGACAAAUUCUCAAGUUCAAGAAUCUGAGUGCAAUGAUAAUGAUAUAUCUUUGUCUAAAAAAAUGAAUGCCUGUGUUAGUAAGCAGAAAAUCAGUAUAAAAAAUCCGGUAAAGGAUCUGGAUUUGAAUAAUAAUGAGGCCAAAAGUGAUAGCGAAAGUUUGAGUUAUAAUAAUAAUGACACAUCUCAACCAAAAGAAACUACAAAUGUAGUCACUGUUAAAAAGCAGAUAAUCAUCACUGAGGGUUUAACCAAGGAUUCAAUUUUAAAUGAUAAAACCAAUAUGUUACAUGCUGACAAGAUUAAUCAUGGAAGAUACUGUGAUGCAACUGAUAAAAGCACUUCAUGGAAUGAAUGUCCUACUAAGUUAGAGGUUCACAAAGAGAAAGGAAAGAAAUGUGAUGAUGUCGACUCUAAUGAUGAAAUGCGACUGAAGAUUUCAGAUACUAUCAAAAAGGAUAUUCUCCUCUCUGAGAAUGUGUUCUACAAACCCAGUUCCAACACUGAAUUCCAUCUUAUUAUUUUAGAUCUCGAUGCAUGCUCAAUUCAAAUAGAAAAACAGACAAUAUCAUAUGAUUAUGCUUGGGAAGAGAUGGUUGAAAAGAAAAUCGCUAAAGUUGAAUUAGACAGUAAAAUUAAAAAAGGACAGAAUAAGCAGACCGAGAUAAUACUAGUAGAAAAACUGGACAUUCUGAUAAUAAGUGAGAAACUACUGACGAUACUACAAUUUAAAAGCAUCAAGACAAGAUCGAUAAAAUCAGAAUUGAUUCUGGAAUAA